CUUCGAUUAUCGCCCUUGUUAGCAAUCACCUGCUCCGAGAAUUCACGAGAAAAAACUGUUGUAGCAACAAACGCUGGCGGGGAACCUGAAUUUUAGAGUUUCUGAAUAAGAUUGUACAGGUAACAUCAAAGAUGUCAGACAUCCAUUCAACAGCUUACAGAUAUGAUGCAGUGUGUACAGAAUUGAGCAGACAACCACAUCCUUACAUUUUGAAAAUGUUUGAAAGGGAAAAAGAAGACACUGUAUUACGAAAGAAAACUGGUGGUGGUAGAGUUGGUUCAGGUAGAAAAAGUAUAAGUACUGACAGUGAUUUCAAAGACCAGAUGCACUUGUAUUUGGCUGGAAACAAUAACUUGUUGACAGAUAAACGUAUAGAGGACCCAGACUGUGAAGCAUUGUACAAAACUCUGCAAAACAACAGCUAUGUGACCAGUCUAGAUCUUCGCUAUAAUCUUAUCACAGAUGAAGGAGCAAAGUUUAUUGCUAAACUCAUUGAGGAAACAACAAAGCUAACAGACCUGAAUUUAAUGUGUAAUGAGAUUGGAGCAGUAGGAGCUGAACAUAUAGCAAAGGCAUUAUUGAAAAAUGAAUCCUUGAAAACACUAAGAAUGACAGGAAAUAAAAUGGGAAACAAGGGAGGAAUGUGGUUUGCCCAAGCUCUCCAAGUCAAUACUACACUAGAGGCACUAGAUGUUGCAGACACAGAUUUAACCAUUGAGAGCAUCAUUGCUAUAUCUACAGUACUAUAUAACAACAAAACUCUGAAGGCACUGAACAUCAACAGACCUAUUCUAUUCUCACAUCAAGAAGAAACCACUGUUCAUUUUGCUGAAAUGCUGAAGGUUAAUACAACAUUAAAAGAGGUUCAUUUCCAGAAGUAUGAUAUGAGGGACUUUGGAAUGACUAGACUUGCAGAAAACCUGAUGCAUAAUGAUACUCUAACAUAUUUGGAUCUUAGUUGCAAUAGAAUAACAAGAGAUGGAAUUAAUGAAUUGUCAAAAGUAUUAGAGAAGAAUACUGCUAUUGAAGUGUUAGACUUGGGGUAUAACAGAUUGGAAGAUGAUGGAGCCAUACAUAUAGCCAAUGCUCUUGCUUCUCUGAACACCAACCUUAAAACUUUAGUUGUGACCAGUAACAACAUUGGAAGUAAAGGACUGUGUGCCCUGGCUGAUGCAAUGAAGACCAACACAACAUUAACUAAUAUCUAUAUUUGGGGAAAUAAGCUAGAGGAACCAGCAGCAAUCGCCUUUGCUAAUUUGAUAGACAAUGGUAGACUGAGCAAAGAGAACACAGAUGUACAGGCUUAUGUUGUAGAUGGCGCCACUAAACUUUGUGAACUCAGUCAUCAAAUAAGCCGCCAUACUUACUUUGCACCAAGUUAUGGGGAUGAUGUGCCGUCAUGGCAGCCAAGAGGCAAAAAUCCAAGAGGAUCUGAUGUCGUUGUUAUGAAAAAUUUGACAGUUUAUUAACAAUCAUUUUACUUUUGUGUUCCAUUGAUAGUGUUUCAAAUUUUCACAACUGAAACGAAAAGGUGAUGUUUUUUUUGAAAAAAAAUGUUGUUUUAGUAGUCCGCUUUAACAGAAAGACAUGAGAAACAAAACUGUAUAUUUUUACUGAUUAUAAUCAUAUUAACUUAUUACAAGAUUCUCAAUGAAUUCUGUUGAAUAGUUUAUUAUUACUUGAAUAUCUAAAUGAUUCAGAGGUUUGAUUUUAGAAACUGGUGAUUUAUUUACUUCCAAGGUUCUCUCAGAAAAAGAGCAAUACUGUCAGCAACAUGUGUCUCUUUUCAUUAUUAUUUUUUUGUUAAGGUAUACUGUGAUAUUUUCAUUAUAUAAAUCAUUUGUUUAUAAUGCAUUCUCAUUAAAAUAUUUUAUUUAA